CCAUUCCUUUACCUUUUUGACGGGCAGACGUAAAGCUGGUCUUUUUGUGCAGACCGGAAAAAAUCUGCAUUUUUAAUAAACAUCUUUAAUUGAAACUAAGUGACAAUGGUGGUUAAGAAGCCCAGGCCAAAGAAGAAGCCAGUGACCAAGAAGGUGGCCCCAGCACCUUUGGCCGUUAAGAAGCCAGUGGUGAAGAAAGUUGUCAACCAGCUCUUCGAGAAGCGUCCCAAGAACUUCGGCAUUGGCCAGAAUGUUCAGCCCAAGCGUGAUUUGUCUCGCUUUGUGCGUUGGCCCAAAUACAUCCGUGUCCAGCGUCAAAAGGCCGUGCUCCAGAAGCGUCUGAAGGUCCCACCACCAAUCCAUCAGUUCAGCCAGACUUUGGAUAAGACCACCGCUGUGAAGCUAUUCAAGCUCCUGGAAAAAUACCGCCCAGAGUCAUCGUUGGCCAAGAAGCAGCGCUUGAAGAAGAUUGCCGAGGCCAAGGCCAAGGGCAAGGAAGUGGAACCCAAGAAGAAGCCCAGCUAUCUGUCGGCCGGCACCAACACUGUGACCAAGCUGAUUGAGCAGAAAAAGGCCCAAUUGGUUGUCAUUGCUCACGAUGUCGAUCCUCUAGAGCUUGUGCUCUUCCUGCCCGCCUUGUGCCGUAAAAUGGGCGUGCCCUACUGCAUAGUCAAGGGCAAGGCUCGUUUGGGUCGUCUGGUUCGCCGCAAGACCUGCACCACCUUGGCCCUGACCAGUUUGGACAACAACGAUAAGGGUAACUUCGGCAAGGUCCUCGAAGCCGUCAAGACCAACUUCAAUGAGCGCCACGAAGAAAUCCGUCGUCACUGGGGCGGUGGUAUCCUUGGCUCCAAGAGUUUGGCUCGCAUUGCCAAGCUGGAGCGCGCCAAGGCUCGUGAGCUGGCCCAGAAGCAGGGUUAAGCAGCACCAACAUGGAUCGAUCGCGGAGAGAAACUAUUUUUAAAAGUAGUACACAAAGAAUGUGGAUGCAAGAAACAUCAAACAAAUAAACAUUUAAGUGUAUA